GCCGAAAAAUUCCUUAUGUCCACUGUUAUAACCACCGCUUACAUUUAAUAGUUAUCAGGACUAUCUCUGAAAUGACUUUCAUCCGUUUAUUUUUUGAUCAAUGCAUCAUGUUACAUGAGUUCUUUCAUCAUGGAAAAAUAGCUGCAAUGUAUGGUGGAAAAAUAAUUGGCAGAUUACUCGAACAACGUUGGUCAGGACACUUGGCGGUUACAAAAGUUGUAAACGAUAAUUAUUCAGAGAUUUUGCUAACUUUAGAUAAAAUGAAAAAUGACAGAUUCAAUGGUGACGACGUUGCCAAGAGUGUCGGCAUCAAAAAAAUUAUGCUUAAUUUGGAAUUCCGAAUGGCUAUGGUUGUGGCCAAAAAAAUACUAUCCAUGCUUCAGCCUGCAGAUGCAAGUUUACAAGCCCGAAGCGCAGGAUUGAAAGACGCCCUAAUAAUCAUAAAUUGCGUCCAAAAUGAAAUCACAAAAUUGAGAACAGAUGAAAUGUAUCAUCAAAUUUUGGAAGAAGCUAAAUCUAUGACAAGCAUUGAUUCUGAAAAUAGGACUCACACCCAAAAAAGGCAAGUCAGAAGAUCUAAUCGCAUGGAUGACUACUUGAUGUUUGACUCUUCCUGUUCCUCAACGAAACAAAAUGAAGAAGAUCAACCAUUUAAAUCUGAGUAUUUCGAAACAUUGGACAUACUAGUUGCUGAAUUACAGAGAAGGUUUUCAGACAACGAUGAUCUGUUAAAUUCUGUAGCGAGUCUCGAUGAGUUGGAUGUGAACAAAAUGGAACCUUUGAAAAAUUUAGGUAUAACAAUUCCAUCAAAUGAAGAGGCUACAGUGGUUAAAGCUUAUUUGAGUCGUCGUGAGGAUAAAACAGAAGACAUAGUGCAAGUUUUGUACAGACAGCGAGAGGCUUUCAAAGAUACAUAUGAACUCUUUGCAUCUGUGGCGACCAUAGGAUGUAGCACUGCUGUUUGUGAAUCUACUUUUUCAACCUUAACUGCAAUCAAUAGACCUCAGAGGCUGUCAAUGAGUCACGAAAGAAUGGCAGGCAUGGUAUUUCUGGCCUUUGAAAAGAGAAGGACUCAGUCUGUUGAUCUGAAUGAAGUCCUUCGCAUAUUUAAUAAUAUGACAAAUCGAAGGAUUCAGCUGUUUUGAGGAAGUUUUUUAUCAUCAUUAUAUUAAUCACAACAUGUUGAAAGAAAUAAUAUAAACUGAAGAAAUAAAUAUUUUUAUAUAUA